AUGCACGAUUUCGUCAACCCAAAAGUCAUCACUUGGUUAUGCCGGGGUGGGGCAAGUACGGGGGUGCUUCUCCCUCUGCAUGCACCCUUUCAGCUGUUCCACCCAUGCAGUAGAGCCGGCAUGAGCGUAGUGAUAAGAGAUCGCAGUCAGCUCACAAGUCAUCAUUUGGUUAUGCCGGGGUGGGGCGUGCCGCAUGUGGCAGUGGUGCUUCUUCUGCUUGUCCCCUUGUUCUCCCUCUGUCAGUUGCACCCCGAACCCCACCUCCAAUCUCUUCAUCCUUCACCCCCCCUCCCUCCUGUCAAUUCAUCAUUCACCGCCUUGCCUCCUGUCCCUCUGUUCACGAUCCUCCUCUCUCCAUGUUUCACCUCCAUCCCUCACCACCCCCUCUCCCCUCUCUCCAUCUUUAACCACCCCACUGGUUCUAUCUCAUCCUUCACCACACCUGCUCCUCUCCCUCCAUUCUCCACCACUCUUCCUCCUUCCACACCACUCACAGCUACCGCUCUUCCUCUCCUUCAACCAUCCUCAACCGUCCUCCAUCCCUCCGCACCACUCAUCACCACCUCUUUUUUAAACACACGAGGAGCUACAGAGGAACGAUUCAGACAAUCCUUCCGAAUCUGUGCUCAUGCUGCUGCUUCAGGAGUUCUCGCUGCUGCUUCAGGUGCAGCUCUUGCUGCAUCAGGUGCUCUUCCUGUUGCUUCAGGUGCUCGCCCCUCUGCCUCAGGUGUUUCCUCAGCUUGCAUCGGCGACCUCUCCUCCCAACAAUCAGAUGCACCUUCGUGGCCAGCAACCCCCCCCGCUCCUUUCCCUCCCCCAAUCAUGUUGCCCUCCCCUUGCGCCUGCACCACUGCCCUACCCACCUUGGCAACAAGGGAAUGGGCAGGGCGGGAAUGCUGCAUCACCGCUGCCUCCCCAACACUGCCCUCCCCCCUGGGUGGAAGCAAUGGUGUUGCUCCUUCUUCUAUCCCCACUCCGUCUCCAACCGUGCCGAACCCCUCUUCAAGCUGCAUCACCACUGCCUCCCCAACGCUGCCCUUUCUCCAGGAUUCUCUUUCCUCUUCCCCCCUCCCUUCUCCAACUGCAACGCUCUCUUCCUCGAGCGGGAUCACAGCCCUUUCCACGCUGCUCUCCCCCACGCGGCUCUCUGCCCUUGCCACGUUUUCCCUGCUUCUGAGACUGGGUCCUUGGACUUUUCUCCGUCCCCCUCCCUCCUUCACCACUGCUGACCUCCCCUUGAAGCUGGACCUCUGCACUUUCCAUGCUGCCCUCCUUUUCACCCCCACGGCCCUCCUCCUGCGGCUGGCCCAGUGGCCUUCCCAAGCUGCCAUGCCUGCAAGGAAGGCGAUGGGUCAAUCCUGCCUCUUCAUUCCUCUCCUCCCCUCUCCUUCCUCUCUCUUCGUCAUCCCUCGCCUCUUCAUACCUCUCCUCCCCUCUCCUUCCUCUCUCUUCGUCAUCCCUCGCCUCUUCAUUCCUCUCCCCCACGGUCCUUCCCUCUUCACCCAUCUCCUCACCAUUCCUUUUCUCUCCUUCCCUCUCCUCCCCUCUCUCUCCCUCCCCUUCCCCCCUCUCCUUCCCCCCUUCUACCGCCUCUCUCACAGGAUGACGCCUCCCCACCACUCCCCUAUUCGCUCUCUUUCCCUUCUUUCCCCACUUCUUCUGCUCAAUGCUUACCCCGCCCACACUCCCCACCCCCUCACGCGAAACACCAACCACCCACCCCCUAGUCCCCCAUUCCCCGGCGUGCUCUGUCCUCACAUGGAACGCCAGGGCGUCUCGGUACUUGAAGGCUCGGAGACAGUGGGGAUGGUGAGGGCACGGGAGCUGGUGGAUUGA